AUGGACGACGGACUGGUGCUCAACCUUGCCGUAGACGAUGCCUCGACGUCUAAAGUGACGUCGGCCAAGAAAGGUGGGCGGUGGACUGACCGACUGAAAGCGAAACGGGUCGCGAAGCGGAAAACAAGAUCAGAGGAGUCUGAACACACACAGGAGCCAGACCAUGAUGUUGAAAGACGUCCUUCAAAGAAACUUCGCGAAGAGCAUCCCACGCCGUCUACAAAUGUAGAUCAUACUGAAGAACGCUCUGCCCGACCGGUACAAAUCAUUUCUUCACUGUUCACAUCCAACCCGAAAGUCGAGCAGCCCACUCCGUCUGCACACCCCCUCAAGUCAGCUUCUCGCCCGAGUAAUGCCCCCUUGACCGACCUGUCCACGUUCUCUGGACUUGGCCUUGAUCCCCUCAUGGUUGCCCACUUGUCCUCAAAGAUGGAUAUAUCCAAGCCCACAUCAAUACAGAGGGCUGCGCUCCCACAUCUACUGACCGCAUCCGAGAACACCUCCUCGAGGGACGUGUUCAUCCAAUCGGAAACAGGUUCCGGCAAGACGCUCUCGUUCCUGCUCCCGAUCAUCCAAGACCUCCUCCCGUUCAGCUCUCUAUCGUACAUUGACCGCUCCAUCGGCACCUUAGCCGUCAUCAUCGCGCCGACGCGCGAACUAGCUAAGCAGAUAUCAGAUGUCCUGGAGGCGCUCCUGCAGCUCCGUCUGCGGCCUCAAGACGAAACCGCGGACGCCUCGGACGCGUCGCCCCGUCUCACGCGCUGGCUGGUUUCCGGCUUGCUCACCGGCGGCUCCACACGCACGCACGAAAAGGCGCGCCUCCGCAAGGGCGUACCGAUCCUCGUGUCCACGCCCGGGCGCCUGCUCGACCACCUCCAGAACACCGAGUCGUUCGACGUCGGCAAGUGUCGCUGGCUCGUGCUCGACGAGGCCGACCGGUUGAUGGAACUCGGAUUCGAGGAGACGAUUCAGGGCAUCCUGCGCGGCCUCGACGGGCGACGCAAGCUUGCCAUGCAGGCGGCAGACGAAGGCAAGAGCACGGAGGUGGGCGGAUGGGAUUGGGAGACGAGAAGGAGGACGGUACUGUGUUCGGCGACGAUGCGCGAGGACGUGCAGAAGCUGGCCGGGACCACACUGAAGGACCCGAUCAUGAUCAGGGCGACGCAGGACGAUACCCCACGGCCCAGAGAUGGUGCCCUCCGCGACGACGAUGUGUCUGGGCUUGCCACAAACAGCCAGAAGUUCACUCCACCAUCGCAGCUGUCUCAGAAGUAUGUCGUUGUCCCGUUGAAGCUGCGCAUGGUCACUCUCGUGGCCUUACUCCGUUCACUACUAUCCCAGGCGCAGAGUCAAAGAGGAGCGAAGAUUAUUGUUUUUCUCAGCUGCACAGACUCAGUCGACUUCCAUUGGCAUCUCUUGGGUGGUACGUCUAUGGGUGAUGGAGAAGACGGAUCAGACGAUUCCGAUGGCGAACAGAGCGGUAUCGAAAAACAGGAUCCAUCUCCACGCAAGAACGGGAUAGAUAUAUCGCCGGAAAAAAUACAUUUCAAGUCACCGCUACUUCCUGAUACAUCCAUAUUCCGGCUACACGGCUCGCUCCCUCUGCAAACGCGACUCGCCUCUCUGCGUGGAUUUUCUGCGGUGCCAUCACCAAAAUCUACCGAUGUAUCUUCGUUUUCUGUGCUGCUAUGUACGUCCGUGGCGUCGCGGGGUCUGGAUUUACCGCUCGUGCGAGCCGUCAUCCAGUAUGACCUACCGACCGAAGGCGGUGCAACAGAGUAUGUGCACCGCGUGGGACGUACCGCACGAGUGGGUAAAGGCGGCGAAGCGUGGAGCAUUGUUGCACCCAGUGAGGCUGGAUGGGUGAAAUGGGUGGAAGGGAAGAUGCAGGGUGAUACACUGGAAGACGUCAAGGGCAAGAACGUUGCAUUGGAAGGUGUUCCUGUAGAAACAGUCCUCAAACAAGGUUUUGGGGGUAAGGGGAGCGAAUACGAGGAGCGGGCAACAGAGGUGCAACUCUCGUUCGAGAGAUGGGUACUCAAAGAUAAACAGAACGCACAGUUCGCUCGUAAAGCCUUCUUGUCCCAUGUGCGGGCGUAUGCUACCCAUCCAUCAGACGAAAAACAUAUCUUCCACAUCCGACAUCUGCAUCUCGGACACCUUGCAAAAGCAUUUGCACUGCGUGAAGCUCCGACUACUGUGACCAACGCAGGAAGCAAGGGCAGGGGCGCCAAGGCCCCAGCGAAGCGCAAAACCUUUCAUCACGAGCCAUCAGCUAGAGACCCGAGGAGCAGGGGGGGCAAACCUACUGAGACGGACAACGGCCACGAUAUUGGGGACGCGGAGAAGCGGAUGGAGAAGGUGGUGAGGGCGCAAGGACGAUUGACGAAGAAAGGAGGGAAGAUGGUCAGCACUGGGACGUCGGAAUUCCAGAUCGCUGGAGGGUACACGUUGGAAAAAUUCGUUCAAGGAUCUCGGACAUAG